CUGGCUGGAGGUACUACGGUAAUACUGCUUUUGACUUCACUUCUGAGUUCAUACUGCAUUUAUUAAUGAAUUUAAUCAACAAAUGAAUUUAUUAAUAGUACUUUCCCAAAGAGAAACAGAUCCCAACUCUUCCCACACUGUCCACCAAACCAUGUAAGGAACCCAGGUACUUCCCUAAACAGUUCUUCCCUAAACAGUCCAAGAUUUGCCAGAGAGAUGGAAACUGCAGAACUCAGCCUCAGUGGAUGGGUUGGGGGGAAUUACAGGAAUCAGAUGGGUGUGGACUUCCCAGAGGGAGGGAGCAGUGCCCUCUGGGAGAAACUGUGACUUUAAGCAGCCCUGUAUGUGAGUGUAUGUGGGUGAGUGUGUGUGUCUGUGUGCGUGUAGGUGUGUGUCUUUGUUGGGGAGUUAAUGAUUUGCCAGAGGCUCAUUUCACAACUUACCAAGGGUCAGCUUCCCUUGAGCAUGUCCAGGUUCGGUCCCCAGGGCUCCUUGCCCCUGGCCAGCUUCCUCCUGGAGCGUCCCCCAGGCAGCCCUCGACAUGAUCUCCAUCACUGAAUGGCAGAAGAUUGGUGUGGGCACCACUGGCUUCGGCAUCUUCUUCAUCCUCUUCGGAAUGCUCCUGUACUUUGAUUCGGUGCUGCUGGCCUUCGGAAAUCUGCUGUUCCUGACUGGCCUCUCCCUCAUCAUCGGCCUGAGGAGGACGUUCUCCUUCUUCUUCCAGAGGCACAAACUCAAGGGCACCAGCUUCUUCCUGGGGGGUGUGGUUAUCGUCCUGCUGCGCUGGCCUCUCCUGGGCAUGUGCCUGGAAACCUAUGGCUUCUUUAGCCUCUUCAGGGGCUUUUUCCCUGUUGCCUUUGGCUUCCUGGGCAGCGCCUCCAACAUCCCCUUCCUGAGUGCGCUGUUCCAGAGGCUUCAAGGCACCAGUUCAAUGGUCUGAACAGCAGAGAUGCACUCCUUGAACUUGGAUCACUGGGCGAGGGGGCUGGAAAGGAAAUGGGAGACAUCUCGCAGGCGCCCACCCCGCACUGACUCAUCCCCCUGACGCAUCCGGACCUCUCCAGGUCCAGAAGGACGGACGGAGCCGAGGGACUGACCUCGAUCCCCAAGCCAAUGCAGGAAGCCGUCAGGACUGCUGGGAACAGAGACCCAGGGCCCACGAGAGGAAAAGCAGAGAUUAAAUCCCCAAGCUGUGAACGUG